AUGGCGGCGAUCUCAGCUCCUACUCCAAUCAUCAAAGUCGCCGCCAUCUGCGGUUCCCUCCGCAAAGGUUCCUAUAAUCGCGGCCUCCUCCGUGCCGCUAUGGAUAUAUCGAAGUCGAUUGAAGGGUUGGAGAUUGAGUAUGUGGACAUAUCACCAUUACCGUUUCUGAACACGGAUCUUGAGGUAAAUGGGACAUACCCACCUGCUGUAGAGGCAUUUAGACAGAAGAUUCGUGCUGCUGAUAGCAUACUCUUUGCGUCGCCCGAGUACAACUACUCUAUCACUGGACCUCUGAAAAACGCGAUCGACUGGGCUUCCAGGGCACCAAACGUCUGGGACGACAAAGCUGCUGCAAUCGUGAGUGCGGGCGGUGGUUUUGGCGGUGGACGGUCACAGUAUAUUCUCCGCCAGACGGGGGUUUACAUCAACCUUCAUUUCAUCAAUAAGCCGGAGUUCUUCCUUAACGCAUUCCAAACUCCCUCUCCAUUCGAUAGUGAUGGCAACUUGAUCGAUGAUGCCUCCAAGACGAGGUUGAGAGCCGUUCUCUUGUCCUUGCAGGCAUUCACAAUCCGGCUCCAGGCUUAG